GGUGGGGUGGGGCAGGAUGCUGGAUGGCCCGUUAUUCUCCGAGGGGCCCGACAGCCCCCGGGAGCUCCAGGAUGAGGAGUCGGGCAGCUGCCUCUGGGUGCAGAAGUCCAAGCUGUUGGUGAUUGAAGUGAAGACUAUUUCCUGUCAUUAUAGUCGUCGCGCCCCUUUUCGACAGUCCAUGGACAUCCAGGCCAGCCACUGGGCCCGUGGGCCCCAGAACCGCACGUGUAGGCUGCGCCCGGGAUCCCCUGAGCCGCCACCCCGCCGACCCUGGGCCUCCAGGGUGCUGCAGGAGGCGACCAACUGGCGGGCAGUGCCCCCCGCCGAGGUCCGAACCCGGGAACAGGAGAAAAGGAAGGCGGCGUCGCAGGAGCGGGAGGCCAAGGAGACCGAGAGAAAAAGGCGCAAGGCUGGCGGGGCCCGACGGAGUCCCCUAGGUCAGCCCCGCCCAGAACCCCGGAACGCCCUUCGGGCGGCCCAACCUACAGGGAUCCCAGUUUUCUCCAGACCAGAGCGCACCGGGCAGGUGGGGCGAGCGCCCCGUCCAUCAGCGCUCCCGCUGAGUGACCCAUUGGUGGCAUGGGCGGGGCCAUGGGGAGGUAGGAGGCCAGGGCCCCCUAGCUAUGAGGCUCAUCUGCUGCUGAGAGGCGCUGCAGGCACAGCCCCAAGACGCCGCUGGGACCGGCCGCCACCCUAUGUGGCUCCACCUUCUUACGAAGGUCCCCAUAGGACCCUGGGGACUAAGCGAGGCCCAGAGCUCUCCCGAGCGCCCACCUCAUCAGCCCCAGUUCCAGUCACUAACAGGACAGAGGGAGGGCGCACGAAGAAGAGGCUGGAUCCUCGAAUCUACCGGGAUGUUCUAGGGGCCUGGGGUCUCAGACAGGGACGAGGGCUUUUAGGGGGAGCUCCAGGCUGUGCAGCAGGCAGACCCAGGCCAGAGCCUUGCAAAGGGGCCAUGGAGAAAAAUUCAGGCCUAGCAGCAGCAGGCCUGAGCAGCGGUGGCGACGGCCUUCCCCAAGGCAAAGCUACUGGCAGUCCAGGCACCGAGGCAGCUCCGUCUGGCUCCAGGAUGAGCAGCCCACCACGUCCCGCUCCCAGGUCCAGGCAGCACCUCAGGGACUCAAGGAAAGGGAAAGAAGGAAGUGAACCGAUUUGGCUUCCCAGGUGUUGGCUUUCUUCUCCUAAAAAGCCUCCAGUUAGGCAUAGCCAGACUCUCCCUAGACCAUGGGCUCCUGGAGGCACUGGGUGGAGAGAGUCCCUGGGUCAAAGAGAGGGCUCAGAACACGAGUCCCUGGAAGUUUGGAAGGCGAUUCGUCACCCCCAUACCCUGCCUCGCAGUUCCCGAGGUCCUGCUCGUAGAGAAGGUAUCUUUGUCAUCGACGCCACGUGCGUGGUGAUAAAGUCCCAGUAUGUUCCGACCCCUCGAACCAAGCAGGUGCACCUCUUGCCCUCUGGGGAGCCAUGCGUUGUGAGCGACAGCCCUAGGCAACCCAAGCCCUGCCACAAGGAGGGCGAGAGGGCCGCUGGCAAUCUCUCCUCUUGCCAAAAGCGACCGCUGAGCUGUCACGUCUUAAACCAGCCAGGCGAGGGUCGCGAGGGCGAAGCUAAGGGCGGAGAGCAGGGGGAGUCGUCCCUAGGGGACCGCGCCUCCGAGCUCCCUGUGGGCGAAACGAACCUGCGAGACGCCCCCACGCAGCCUGGUAGCCCAGAGCGCCCGACCUUAGGCCCAGCGGCUCCGGGAUGCGCGGGCAGCGUGAAGGGCUCCGAAGCGGCUGGGGUCCCGCGGCGCGCGGGAGGGGGCUGGGCGCGGACUCCGGGGCCCUACGCCGGGGCGUUGCGGGAAGCCGUGUCUCGCAUCCGCCGCCACACCGCCCCAGAUUCGGACUCAGACGAAGCUGAGGAGCUCAGCGUCCAUAGCGGUUCCUCUGAUGGAAGUGACACAGACGCCCCAGGCGCCUCCUGGCGGAACGAGAGGACCCUGCCAACCAUUGGGAACAGCCGGCCCAAGGAAGGCGGCAAGACUGCCGAGCUGAGAGACAGUAUCCGGGAGAUUCUAGAUGUCGUGAGCCAACCCGAGGAAGGCCUCUUCCGAGAGGACAACAAGAAAGCUCCACAGGGAAAUAAAGAGAGAGAGUGAGCGAUAUCUCUCUUUGUUCUGAUGUCGCUCAGCCCACCCAUCCUUGGCGGUCGUCUCUCUCCUUGGUUUUGCUUCCCUUUUCUCCUUUCCCCCACUUACACCUGUUCCCACGCUUGAAACAGAGGAAAGGAAAGAGAGGCAAGGCAGCACACGCCAACUCAAGGAUUAGUUUCAGGGAAAGUGAGGGUGGGAUUCGACACCUGCUACCUUCCAUGCAGAGAGACAAGCCUAAGGGCAGGAGUGGUGGCAGUCAUAAGAAAGCGAUGGGCAGGGCAGGGUCCCUUUGACAGGAGAGAACACACACACGCGCGCGCACACACACACACACACACACACACACACACACACACACACACAACCAGCAAACUAGGAGGAGGCUCUCUUUGACGUUACAACUCAAGUUUCCAUUCCAACUCUGCCACCGACUUCCUGGUGGACCUUGGAGUAACUAUUUUUGCACCCGGGCAUCCUGGACUCUCGUAAAUGUAAAAUGAGUGAUUUCUGCCUCCCAUUCUUUCGUCCCUAGGAUUUUGUAAGUGAAUAGAAUUUGAAGGUUCUUAUCCGCUUCAGUCAUCCUCAGUUCGGAAGACUGUCAAGGUUUUCAGAUUUAAAUGGGCAAAGGGCUUCUAUUCCAACCUCCCAAUUUAGGUGAGUGCUCCCCAGGGCUUCUGGCCUGUGGUGGUCCAAGCUGGAGACAGAAGAUAGCCAAUGAAUCAGCUUGGGACAUUUUUAGGCCUUCCCCUUUUCCUCCAUCUCCGUGUCUUUAGUGAUGCUCUGAAGUGUUGUCGGGAUUUCCCACGCAGACGGUGUCGCCCACCGGCUAGGACCCUGACAAUUUCUGCAUCUCUCCUAGAAACAGCCGGGCAAAGAAGGCAGGCUGAUCCUAAGCAGACGGUGUGGGGUGUGAUACUCGCUGUAGCCACUACGGGGCGCGCGCAGGUCGCGGAUCCCCCCCGGUUGCUGGUGCUCGAGUGUCCUUCCGCCAACACUGCCAUUUACCUGGAUCCCGAGUUGUUACCGGGCGCCGGUUUCCCGCCUUGACACCUCCAAACCGCGCGCGGGGCCGGGAGCAGGCCUCCGGUCUCCCAGACCUCUGGGGCGCGCCGAGCCCUUCUUUGUAUUGAACCACGCCAACCGGUUUGAGACUGACAUUUAAGUCCUUUAAAAAAUUUGUUUUUUCUUUCCGACCCUGGGCACUUCCUCUGUGUCUG